AUGACUUCGCUCAACGACAUUGUCCUCAAUAUGCGAUUCCUCGAGGGUGUUUGUGCUCGUGACAAGCGCACGGAGACGGCUGAUCUUCGCUUCAAUAGCGUCUUCUUCUGGCGGCACUGCGGUUCUACGACAACCGGACGGGCAUGUGGAGGCUUCCUCGAUCUCUAUGGCACAAACGCGAAGAAGUCAGAUCUCCUGCGAGGAAUAAGAGAGCGAAUCGUAACUGCCUCACAAGACCUGAAACUAGUGUGUCGAAGAAAAGUCCUCUAUUGA